UGCCAAAGCAGGCGGGCAUCAGACAAUAGGAGUGUAGCCUCGAGAGUGGACGUACACGUCUGUGGUCAAGACCCCAUCUAAAGGAUACCCGCAAAGGAGCCGUUAUCAGUGAGAGGAUUAUACCAGCGACCGCGUGCCGCGUAUUCGAGACCCGAGAGGAAUAGGCAGAGAAGAGGGGCGCAAGGGGGAAGAAUUACGAGAGGACGAGAGGAGCGUCGCGGUCCGGCAGCGGUCAGCAUGGAGGUGUGGAGCUCGUCGUCGCUGGAGGACAGCGAGAAGGAGGAGAGCAGCAGUAGCUGCAGCCAGGACGAGGAAGAAGAGGAGGAGGAGGAUGAAGGGCAGCAGGGGCCGGAGGCUGAGGCUCUGUGCAGGGAGCUGAUGCAAGUGAUCUGCUCAGAGAGAGUGGGCCAAGUCACCAAGACCUACCAUGACAUUGAGGCAGUAACACACUUGCUGGAGGAGAAAGAACGGGACCUGGAGUUGGCAGCGCGAAUCGGCCAAUCGCUGCUCAAGCAGAACCGGGAGCUGACGGAGCGCAACGAGCUAUUGGACGAGCAACUGGAGAUUGCCAAAGAAGAGAUUUCACAGCUGCGCCACGAGCUGACCAUGAGGGACGACCUGCUGCACUUCUACGCCAGCACGGAGGAGCUGGAGGCUGCGGCCGAGGCCCGCACACCAUUGAAGAGGAACGAUUCGUCGUCGUCCUCACUCGGUCACCUCAUCCAGUACGACUUCCUGCAGCAGAAACUCAAGGGCCUGGAGGAGGAGAACCUCAAGCUGCGCUCGGAGGCGCACGACCUGACCUCCGAGACCACCGACUACGAGGAGAAGGAGCAGCAGCUGAUGAUGGUGUGUGUGGAGGAGCUGUCCUCGGUGAAUAGGCAGGUGGUGGAUCUGUCUGAGGAGCUGGCCCGUAAGGUGGAGGACUCGCUCCGACAGCAGGAGGAGAUCAGCUCUCUGCUCGGACAGAUAGUCGACCUGCAGCAACGCUGUAAAACACUCACCAAUGAGAAUGAAGAACUCAACCAGCACUUGAGUGCCUCCCGAGAAUGCCAAACCCAACUCACUUCUGAGCUUCGAGACAUUCAAGAGAAGUACUCUGAAUGUGGAGACAUGCUACGGGAAGCCAGGGAGGACAUCAAGAACCUGCGCAACAAGACCCUCCCCAACAGCACAGUGCAACGCUACAGCGCCCUGGAGACGGUGAUUCCAAUGGACUCUCUGGCUGCGGAGAUCGAAGGGACCUUCCGGAAAGGCAUAGACAGUCCCGCACCAUCCGAAUACAAGACGCACCCGCUGCGCGUGUUUGAGACGGUGAAGGUGGUGAACCAGGCGGCGCGCCUGCGCUCGCGGUGCCAGUCCCCGCAGGUGCCCGGCUCCAGCCCGGUGUCGGCCCGCUCCAGCCGCACCAGCACGCCGCGCACCAGCUACUACGGGGGCAGCGACGGGGCCAGCCUGCAGAUGGACGACAAGGCCCCCGCCACUGGACACACUGAAGACCAGAGCUCCACCCCCGGCCGGCGUCUGAUUGGCCAGCCGGGCACGCCCGGGGGUCACGACCUGGAGGUGGCCCUGGCGAGCCUGUCGGCGCGGCAGGAGAGCCACUCAUCGGAGCGGCCCUUCUUCGAGGUGGAGCGCGAGCGCAAGCUGCGGGCGCUGGCCUGGCAGGGCGGCGAAGGUGGCGAGGGUGGCGAGGGCGGCGAGGGCGAGACGUCCAGCGGCUUCCUGACGCCCUCGUCCACCUCCACGGGCACCAACUACUCGGGCAGCUCGCGCCACUCCUCGGGCCUGUCCUCGUCCACCUCGCGCUCCUGCCUGCCCGACCGCCUGCAGAUCGUCAAGCCACUGGAGGGCUCGGUCACUCUGCACCACUGGCAGCAGCUGGCCAGACCCAACCUGGGCGGCAUCCUGCACCCGCGGCCGGGCGUCCUCACCAAAGACUUCCGUGAGCUGGAGGUGGACCUGCAGCACGUCUACAGCCUCAACGACCUGGAGGAGGACGAGGACGACGCCGCUCCGCUGGCCAGGCUGUCCUCCGCGCAGUACAGCAAUAUGGCCCCUCCGCCCGGCCCAGGUCCCGGCCCCCACCUCCCUCACACCUCCCCCACCUUCACCGUCACCACCUGUCGGGUCGUGCACCACCCCUCCCUGUUCAUCCCCGCCCUCUCCAACAGCCUUUCCGCUCACGGCGUGUCCGCUGGUGGGAGCUGUGAGCAUGUGACUCGCACCUCCUCUUCCUCCUCCGUCCCCUUCCUCCGCACCUCCUUCUCCAGCCCCUCCCUCUCCCUCAGCGCCAGGACUCCUCCCCCUGCCGCUCCACUGGGCCUCGUCCACAUCCUCCAGAAAAAAGGGAUCUCGGCCCGGAAGUACCGGCCGACCGGCCCCAGGCCGCUGCCGGCCCCGUCCAUCCCGCUCGCCGGGCGAGUGCUGCGGAGCUCGGGGCCUCAGGAAGAGGAAGAGGAGGAGGAGGACGCCGGGGCGCAGAGCGUGUUCAGCUUCAACCUGGUGGAGAAGCUGCUGAGCCUCGGGCUGCACCGCGUGGCGGCCAGAGGGAUGACCUCGACCUCGGCCUCGGGCUCAGGCUCGGACUCCGCCGAGACGAGAGGCUGGCCCUGGCUGGCCAGUCUGGGAACUUUCGGCCCCUGACAAGGACCCCCCCCCCCUCCUCCCUCCCUGCUCCCUUUUUUUUUAAGUCCAGCUACAAGGCUCCGGGUCGUCCGAGGAGCCCAUCGGGGAAUAUUCACAGAGCCAUAAAGACUGUUGCUGUAGUGAACUCACCGUUUUUAUUCUGAUCCUGACCUUUGUCUAUACCACACUGUACACUGUAGAUGGUUGAGUGCCAUUGUAUGAUCAAAGGCUUUGGCAUCGCGUCGACAUCUGGCUUUUUUUUUUGGGCCACUUUGUUGUCAGGGUUGUCUUUCGUUUCAAAUCAAAACCUAUAGGUGAAUAAUGAACGCUUUUUUUUACCAUUUUAUUUCUGGUGUCCUCAGGCACUCUACGAAAGGGAAUAGCACUUUUUUUCUGUCUGUAUUUAAAGAACCACCAAGUGUGUUGUCAAUACAAAUGUAAACAUAGUCAUGUAGACAAUCCGUUUGCUGGAUCUACAUACGUUCACUGCUUCUUAUAUGUGUCAUUAUGUAAAAAAAACAAACUGUUCCUCACAACAACAAUGUAAACAGGUGCUAUCAAUUUGGUUAGAUAGCGGUGUUGUCCCAUCUAAGGUACUAUACCAAUUGUCACUGAAAUCCAUUGUCCUUCAUUAGGCACAGAGAUUAGCCAGGAAGUGGUUCUGAGUAGUCAUUUCAAACUCACCAUUUCCUUAGUAGCAAUACAGACAUGAGACACAAAAUGACUGAAAUAUUGUAUUCAAACUGCUGUACAUAUAACUUGACAGGCUUGUGAUUUUAGAGCUCUCACCCACGUGCACAGUAACUGACUUGACUAUAUACUCACACACCUCACACACUCCUCCUCUCCCCCCCCCCCCCGUAGUUCAGAUAGCUAAUCGUGGGAUGGACCCUGACUCUGCUGUCUGGAGACCAGCUGAUGUGUCGUGGUCCUAAGACAUAUACCCCUGCAUGGCGUAACACUGGACCUCCAGUGCUUUCUGAUGCUAGCGCUCACUGGGGUGUACGGAAGCCAUCACGCCAUCACGCCGUCAUUUAUGAUGUGUAUGACAUACGAUCAAGUCAGCUCUCACCAAAUACGCUGAAAUGCAUGUAAUAAUGUGUCUCAUGUGGGUAUCGGCAGAGGAACAGGGACUUCGUAAAGAUUUCAUACUGGCGGACUGGGAGCCCAGUGCGGCCCCCUUUGGCCAGGGGCCAGUGUAGACGUUUGAGAUUUUGACUGUGUGAGAUUAAUAUCUUUUCAGGGGAUCCAUCAGUUGUGGCUACACCCUAAGACUGAUGGUUGGUUCCAACACCGUCCAGUUCAGGCAAAAAGAAAGAAAAACAAACACACACAUACACACACACACACACCUCAGCUGCUGUCAACUGUUGACUACUGACUUCACCUGCACUUCCAAAGCUUUUUCCUGACUGAUCAAAGUCAAACUGUACUAUGUAGCUCUCUCAAUGUAAAUGAUACCAGCCAGCCCUAUGGAGUGGCCAGUCCAUGCAUGGUUUCAAAAACAGAGGACGCAAACGCAUCAGGACUGAGUUGACUAGGAAUUUGUUUUAAGUCAUUAGCAGUGCAUGCUCGCUUAAAACUACGCUCAGGCAAGAUUGUCAUUGGGAAACAAUCAGUAGUUUAUAAAGACGUAGGAUUUUGCUGAUCAUUUU